AAUCGGCUUGAGCGGUUUUGAUAAUCCCAUGCGUGAUGCUGAUACAAAAGUAGCGAAAAAAUCAGUCGGUGAAGGUUUCAAAAUUAAAAUGGAUGAUAUUGGUAAUAUACUUAUCAAACGUUAUGGCAAGAGCAAUGUCUUCGUACACAACACUUCAAUGGCUAACGAGGAGACGGUUAUUGGCGCGGAUAUAUUACAAAUGCCAAAUAUGGCGCUAGCGCCUGGCACAUCAGCAAAGCUCUUCGAUAUGCGCAAAUAUACGACUAAUAUAAAUCGUGAAUUCUCACGUUCAUAUCCGGAAAGUAGACGUCUGGAACGACAAUGCUUGUCAGCCAUUUCAUUAGUCAAAUCCAAUAAUAAUCUAAUCAAUAACCCGCUUUGGAUUCUGGUCAUUAAUAUAGUCGCUAUUGAUAUGCUGAAAAAUCGCUUGCAGGCGCUACCUAAGUCGCUGGAUGCGAUGGGUAUGCGUGUGCCGACAGCAGGCAGUGAGGAUCCGUAUUCAACCAUUGAGAGUCAGGUCGGUCUCAUUUAUCCCACACCUGCCGCUUCUGAUGACUCGAAUAAUUCAAAUAAUUCGAAUCAUUCGAAUCAUUCAAGUCAUUCGAGUAAAGGACGCCGUCGCAGCGUUUUUAAUGCAGGAUUUAUCGAUGAAAGCCCAUAUGUGCCAAAGCCCGAUUAUGAAGUCUAUAAUCAAUCAGUGCCAAUGCUCACGCCAACACAAAAGAGUAGUAGUAAAUCUGAACAACGUAAGAAACAAGAUGAUCCCUAUUAUUGUGGUCUACUAGCUCGUAUACCGAAUUUCAUUAAGUCUUCAAAGAAGAGUCCAAAACAGAAAGAGCCGAAAAUUUCGCGUAAAAUCUCUGCUUCACAACAACAAAUUGUCGAGCCGCAACCUGCACAACCGCUACCCAUUGCCACAUUUCAUCAGUAUCCGGCACACCAGCCACCCUACUAUCCAUAUAAAUUACUUCAUGCGCGACAUCAUCGACUCUCCCAAUCGCAGUUAUCAUUGUGGGAUGCGCGCAGCCUGAUUAGUGCGCAUGAGUAAGAGCGGGUAGUGGGGCAUUAGCGAUGCAACUAUGUAAACGGGCAGAAUGAAAUUGGAGAGAAUAAAUGUUA